AUGGCAUCGUCCGGUGUGAGGCAAUGUAUUCGCGAUGCCACUCUCUAUCUCGUCUACCUCAUCUUCGUCACGACUCUGGGGCCGCUACAGUUUGGUUUCCACUUGUCCGAACUCAACGCUCCUCAGGACAUCAUCACCUGUAAGAAGCAAUCCGUCGCAGAAGAUGUUGCCUCACAACCCGACGCCAAACUCCCGCAAUGCAUCCCCAUGAGCGAGGCCCAAUUCGCCGCGCUUUCGUCCAUGUUCGUCGUGGGGGGCCUGGCAGGAGCUCUGUUUGCUGGCCCGGUGUCCACGGCGUAUGGCAGGCUGCUUUCGAUGCGGAUUACUAGUCUCCUCUUUAUCGUGGGUUCUGCGCUCGAGACAAUGGCGGCCACAGUCCCUAUCAUGUCAAUCGGGCGAUUCCUGGCCGGGAUUGGAGCUGGCGCAUCUACAGUCGUCGUGCCAUUAUACAUCUCGGAGGUGGCGCCGCCGAGGGAGAGGGGCUUAUUUGGGACCAUGACGCAGGUUAUGAUCAAUACUGGGAUUCUAUUCACGCAAACACUGGGGUAUUACUUGAGUAGGGGAUCACUGUGGAGGAUUAUACUCGGUGUUGGGACGGGCUUAGGACUUCUCCAGGGCAUUGGGUUGUUCUUCGUCCCGGAAAGCCCAAGUUGGAUGGCAGCCCACCGAGAUGCCCAACGUGCCGUCAAAACGUUGCAACGGAUCCGCGGCCAAGGGCAUUCCAUCGCGGAAGAAAUCGAAGACUGGGAUGUGAGCCAGGCCACCCCCGAGGAACAGACCUUGUUGCGCGAUCCCGAGUCUGUCUCGCGUCGGGGAUCGACAACAAGCAAAGCAUCGCAGAAGUCCAUACAGCACGUUGGCUUCUUCGGUGUAGUCCGCGACCCCCUCUACCAACCUGCCAUCAUUGCUGUCAUCGGGAUAAUGUUCGCCCAACAAUUCUGUGGCGUAAACAGCAUUAUGAUGUACUCCGUUUCUCUCCUGUCCGGCGUUCUUCCCAUGUCCUCCUCCCUACUCACCAUUUUGGUCUCCGUCAUGAACCUUGUCGCUACAAUUGCAUGCGCGCCUCUUGCUGAUAAGAUUGGCCGGAAAGCAUGUCUUCUCCUCUCCAUCUCCGGGAUGGGGUCGAUGGCCUUCUGUCUUGCUCUAUCCCUUCGCUGGGAAACCAAAAUCCUCUCUGCCAUUGCCGUUCUUCUCUUCGUCGCCUUCUUUGCCACAGGCCUCGGCCCAGUCCCCUUCAUGAUGGCUUCGGAACUCGUAGGUCAGGAGGCCGUUGGGGCCACGCAGUCUUGGUGUCUGGCUUCCAACUACGUCUUUACGUAUAUCGUGGCACAGUUCUUCCCGAUUGUCAAUGCAUGGUUGAACCAGAGAUUUGGGGGAGCCGGAUGGGCCUAUUUCAUCUUUGCGGGAUUUGCGUUGGUAUCCUUCCUAUUUGUGAGUUGGAGGGUCCCGGAGACGAAGGGCAAAAAAGAUCCGGACGAGGUUUGGGGAAGGACUCGGCGGGUUGAUUGA